AUGUGCCCAAUCAAGAAGGAGAUGAGCGCCGAGUCUGGCUCACCGUGCAGCUCGUUGUCGGCCUCCACCUCGCUGGAGCAGGAGCACCACCAGACAGUGUGGACGUCGCCGCCGAAGCGCCCCGCGGGGCGCACCAAGUUCCGGGAGACGCGGCACCCGGUGUUCCGUGGCGUCCGGCGCCGGGGCAACGCCGGGCGGUGGGUCUGCGAGGCUCUGGCUCGGCACCUUCGACACCGCGGACGCCGCGGCCCGCGCGCACGACGCCGCCAUGCUCGCCAUCGCCGGCGGCGCGGCGGCGCGUGCUGCCUCAACUUCGCGGACUCGGCGUGGCUGCUCGCCGUUCCAGCGGCCUCCUCGUACGCCAGCCUCGCCGACGUCCGCCGCGCCGUGGCAGAGGCCGUGGAGAGCUUCCAGCGCCGCGAAGCUGCGGCCGCGGAGGAGGAGGACGCGCGCUCGGCCGCGUCCUCGACGUCGUCCUCCCCGGCCAGCGACGACGGCGGCGGCGAGGAGUCCUCUUCGGCCGCCGAGGACUCCCCGCCGUUCGAACUGGACGUGUUCAAUGACAUGAACUGGGACUUGUACUAUGCGAGUUUGGCGCAGGCGAUGCUCGUGGAGCCACCGCCCACAGUCACCACCGCGUUCUGCGACGACGGCGUCGCCGAAGCGCCACUCUGGAGCUACUAG